UCUCUCUCUCUCUCUCCUUGCUUGCUUAUGUAAUAUCGAAUCCCGCAUCUUCUUCACCAAGGAAUACUUAAGCUGAUUGUGUUUAAUUUCAUCCAUCUUUAUUGGAAGUGAAGAACAAGAAGAAGAUAAGAAAGAUUGCCUCGUCUUCAAGGUAGGUGGUGGAUACAAAAGAAAAAUGGAGGAAAAUCCUAUGGUGGUAGUGGUGGCCGAUAUGGGUUCUGCUGCUCUGACUGAUCAACCACCGUCGUCUUGGGAAGAAGAAGAAGAAGGAUGUGAAUUGGACAAAAUGGGUAUUCAGAAAAUCUCUGUUUCAGAUGAAACAAAUAACUUGAAAUUCUCCUCCUCGGCUAUCAAAUCUGACAGCUUCGUGGUCGAUAUGGAUCGAUUCUCUCAUCUUGCAGAUAAAGACAUGCCAAGAAUCACUUUGCAGAGAACCCUUUCAAGAAAGGGUCAAGGAAGAUCUACAGGGGAGAAGAAGACCAAUUCAACUGCAACUAGCGAAAAGGACAGCUCCAUCUCUUCUCCAAGAAGUGGUGGUGUUAUAAACACACUUGAAAAAUCUAUGGUGGUGACAAUGGGGGCUAUAGAUCCUCCAUUGAGUCCUCACCACAACCAUCAUCCUCAUCAGAUCACCAUUGUCACAUCCGGAAACAACAACUCCACCACCACCACCAGCAACAAUUCAGAAAACAGAUUAACUGGAAGGAAGUAUAGUUUUAAGCGUUCUUCUCCUUCAAAUUGGAGCAUUGAUCCCAGGAGAAUCCUUCUCUUCUUUGCCACCUUGUCAAGCAUGGGAACCAUAUUGCUGAUAUACUUCACCCUUUCCAUGGGGAAGCUUAGCGGAGGAGGAGGAGACGAUGCAGCAGCACAAUAACAUCUUCUAUUUUGAUUUUAUAAGAUGAGAGGAAAGGAGAGGAGAGAACAGGACCAUGACAACAAACAUGAAGAAGAAUCUUUUUUUGGUUAAUGGAUCAUGUUCAUUUGUCCUGUGUAUUCUUUCUUUCUUUCUUUUUUAUAAUGGAGAUUUAAAAAUGGUUUCCCAUCACUCCUCCUUACGGCCAGCUUGGAGAAGACAAGAACAUAGGGCAUUGUGACAAAGACAGGGAAUCUUUUUCAUUAAUGAAUUGAGUGGAGGAAAAUCACAGUCAAACAACAUAUAUAUAAUUAACAUUAAUUGUAUACUUUAAUAAUCUGUGUUUUGUUGUAUUAGUGUCUAAAACAUGGCUCUGCAGUAUUAUGAAAUCCUUACUGAUUUUCCUGUU